AUGUCCAACUACGCAGAGGGAUUUAUAGAUUUUGUCAACGCUUCACCAACCCCGUACCACGUGGUGGACACCGUGAAGAAACAGCUCCAGCAGGCCGGGUUCGAGGAGUUGUCUGAGCGCCACCCUUGGGAAAGACUAAUCCAAAGGGGAUCCAAAUACUAUGUGACCAGAAACGGCUCCUCCAUUAUUGCCUUCACGAUAGGCGGUUCGUACCGGCCGGGAAAUGGUGUUGCCAUUGUUGGAGGCCACACGGACUCGCCGGUUUUGCGCAUCAAGCCGAUUUCUGACCAGAGAAAAGAGGGCUACAUCCAGGUCGGGGUAGAAACGUACGGCGGAGGAAUCUGGCACACCUGGUUCGACAGAGACCUGAGCGUUGCAGGGCGGGUGUUUGUGAACGAAAAUGGCAAGUACGUGUCGAAACUGGUCAAGAUAUACAAGCCGAUCAUGAGAAUCCCCACUCUCGCUAUCCAUCUCACCAAGGAGAGAUACACCAAGUUCGAGUUCAACAAAGAGACCCAGUUCAAGCCGAUUGCCGGUCAGUACCAGGAACAGUCCAAGGAUGCGGCCGGCUGCUGCGCAGGCGAGCAGCUCAGCAACGACGAAUACGAGUCGCUGAAAAGCGUCGUCCAAAGACACAGCAAGGAGCUGCUGGACCUGAUUGCGGCAGACCUGUCUGUGGACGUGGCGCAGAUCGAGGACUUUGAGCUGAUACUCUACGACACACAGCGGUCGACGAUCGGCGGCCUCAACGACGAGUUCAUCUUCAGCCCGCGUCUCGAUAACCAGGUCACGUGCUACUGUGCUACGCGCGGGCUCAUCAACUCUGCGCAGAGUCUGGGUACUCAGGAGGGGAUCCAGAUGAUCUCGCUGUUCGACCACGAGGAGAUCGGGUCGCUGUCGGCUCAGGGCGCUGACUCGUCGUUCCUGCCCAACGUCCUGGAGAGACUGACCCGGCUGACGUACGACGAGAACGGAAACGGGGCAAGUAGCUCGUCGUCGUCGUAUUUCCUGGAGACGAUGGCGAAGUCGUUCAUUCUGUCGUCAGACAUGGCCCACGGCGUGCAUCCAAACUACACAGAGAACUACGAGAGCCUCAACAAGCCGCAGCUCAACAAGGGCCCCGUGAUCAAGGUCAACGCGAACCAGCGGUAUGUGACGAACUCGCCGGGAAUCGUGCUGUUGAAGAAGGUUGCCGACUUGGCAAAGGUGCCGCUGCAGCUGUUUGUCGUGAGAAAUGACUCUCCGUGUGGGUCGACGAUCGGCCCUAUGGUGAGUGCCAAGCUCGGCGUGCGCACGCUCGACCUGGGCAACCCGCAGCUGAGCAUGCACUCGAUCCGCGAGACGUGCGGCUCGCACGACAUCGAGAAGCUUGUGUUGCUGUUUGAGAGCUUUUUCGAGCACCUCAAUUAUCUCGAGCAGAGACUAGAGGUGAAUUAA